AUGGCGGCACUCCUGCUGCAGGAGUUAGAUGGCUCCGAGAUAUCUAAGUUACCAAAAACAGUCCAAAAUAAACUCGAGAAGAUUCUUUCCGACCAGCAGUAUGAAAUCGAUUCUUUGAAAGCACAGCUGGAACAGUUUCGAGUUGACAGCGAGCAACAUUUCUUUGAAAAAGUUAAACAACUUGCCCAGUGUCAGGAAGAAUUUCUCUCCCAGACCCAAGAACAUCUUAAACUCAAAGAGGAGUUUACCAACCUUGAGGAGGAACUUAAAACUGUGCGUGAGAAGAACAGAAGUCAUGAGUCUGCCCAAGAGAGGUUGUCAUCAGAGCAGACUCUGCUCUUCAAAGCCAAAGAGGAGCUGGAGGCAGAAAAGCGAGAUCUUGUGCGGACACUGGAAAGGAGAUCCUUGGAAGUGGAGCAUUUAAAUGAUGACUUGAGACAGCUCAAUGAUAAGUUGGUAGAAGUCAACACCUCUAAGAUGGCCCUGCAGAUGAAGUUGGAUGAGCUUGAAGCAGCUGAAGUCAACCUUAAAUACAAGGAGAAACGUAUGGAACAAGAGAAGGAGCUUCUACAUGGCCAGACAUCUUGGCUAAAUGAGGAAUUGAAGGCCAAGAGUGAGGAGCUGCUGUCUCUCUCUCGACAGAAGGGUAAUGAGAUCCUGGAGUUGAAAUGCACCCUGGAAAAUAAAGAAGAUGAGUUGAACCGACUCCAAGACCAAGUGGCCAGUUUGAAGACUUCAAAUGAAAACCUUCAGAAACAGAAUGAGGACAUGAUCAGCAAACUGAAAGAUGCCAAGGAACAACAAGCCAUCAUGGAGGAAAAGUUCAGGAACGAGUUGAAUGCCAACAUUAAGCUUUCCAAUUUAUAUAAGGGAGCAGCAGCAGAUUCUGAGGCGAAAAGCGAAGAGCUGAGUCGGGCUGUGGAGGAGUUACACAAACUGCUGAAGGAUGCUGGAGAAGCCAACAAAGCCCUUGAGGAGAGGUUACAGGAGAUGAAUGGUGCCACAGACAAGACAGUUGCUGAACUGAGGGAGAGGAUCCAGGGUCUAGAGAAAGAGCUGGACAACGCUAAUGAGCUGCUGUCAAGUUCUAAACUUAGAGGCCCUGUUGGUUCAAUCUCAGUGCUUACAGAGGAGCAAAUGACAACAAUGUCUCCCACAGCAGCUGCUGUAUCCAAGAUCAAACCUGGGAUGAAGUUGACUGAGUUGUAUACUGCCUUUGUGGAGAGCCAGGAGCAGCUGCAAUUGGAACGCUUGGAGAACAAGCGAGUCAACAAGUACCUGGAUGACAUAGUGCAGGAAGUGGAAGCAAAAGCCCCCAUCCUCAAACGGCAAAGGGAUGAGCAUGAGCGCAUGCAGAAGUCUGUGGCUAGUCUUUCUGCCAAGCUGGAGCAGGCUGUCAAGGAGGUGCACCGUCUGCAGAGGGAGUCUGACGAGGCUAACAAGCGCUCCUCUGUCUUGGAAAGGGACAACCAGAGGUCUGAACUGCAGCUGGCCGACAUGGCUCAGCAAGUGCGUGUGCUGCUGAUCGAGCUGGAAGAGGCUCGUGGAAACCAUGUGGUUCACGAGGAGGAGGUGAGCUCUGCCGACAUCAGCAGCACAUCAGAAGUGAUCAGCCAACAUUUGGUGACCUUCCGUGGUGUGGAAGAGCUUCAGAAGCAGAACCAACGUCUUCUGGUAGCUCUCAGGGAGCUCAGUGAUGCCCAAGAGAAAGAGGAGUUUGAGGCCACUGGCAACAAGCGUGGUGAGCUGGAGCAGAGUUUGGAGAAAGCUCAGGCUGAGAUGGAGUCCCUGAGGGAGCAGCGCAACCAACAGAUAAAAAUGACUGAGUCCAUCGUGAGGCAGAGGGACAUGUAUCGUGUGCUGCUGGCUCAGGCGACUGGAGUCUGCUUCCCUCAGCAAGGUACACCACCCGAUGAGUUCUCCCUGACGUCCACUCCUCGACGCUCACCUGCAGCCACUCCCACCGCAGGGACGCCCACUGCUCUCGUCUCUAUGGCAGCAGAGUCUGCUGAAGCACUGGAGGCCAAGGCAGCUUUGCGACAGUUGCAGGAGGUGUUCUCCACCUUUAAAAAGGAGCGUGUGGAGAGUGACAAGGCACUGACAGAGCAGAAUGAGAGGCUCCAGGAGCAGAUCUCUGACCUCCGCUCCCAGAAUGCCAAAGUAUCCACCCAGCUAGAGUUUGCCUCCAAGAGGUAUGAGAUGCUGCAGGACAAUGUUGAGGGCUACAGGAAAGAAAUUGCCUCCCUAAGAGAGAAAGAGCAGAAGAUGGCUGCUGCCACACAGAAGCAUGAGCAGACCAUCCACACCUUGAAUGAGGAUCUGAGAGCUGCCAAAGAGAAACUCGCCAUGGCAGAGGGCCGUGCUGAGGGCCUGCGUAAGGAGAGAGACAUGCUAAAGCUUGUGGAGUCCAGGCUGACUCAGGAGAAAGAAACAAUCCAGAGCCAACAACAAAGCCAGAAUCUGCUGCUCACCAACCUCCAGACUAUUCAGGCCACUCUGGAGCGCUCUGAGGCUGAUACACGUCAGCGUCUCAACAGCCAGUUGGAGAAGCAGGAGCGGGAGAUCUCCCAGCUGCAGAAGAGGCUGGAGAAUGAGGUGGAACAGCGCCACCUGCUCAGCAGAAACCAAGAAAUCCAGUUGAUGGAGGCAAAGAGGCAACUGGAGACACAGGUGGCUUUACACCAGAAGACCAAGGAGCUACUGAGUGCUGCCGAGUUAGAACUCAGCACCCUCAGGCUGCAGCAAGGCAGCAGCGAAGCACGUCAUACCCUGAGUUCCCCCUCCACGCCCAACAUCAGAGGCCUGCAGAGUUCAGAUCAAGACAGAGAGGACCUACAGAGCCGCCUGAGGAUGGCUGAAACCCAGGCCGAGGAGCUGGCAGAGAGCCUCAGGGCAGCCACCUCCAACGUGGAGCAGUACAGAGCCAUGGCUCAGAGUCUGGAAGAGUCCCUGGAUAAAGAGAAGCAGGUAACAGAGCAGGCACGCUCAUCCAUCGAAGCCCAUAUGAAGGAGGCUGAGGAGCAGCACCGCAAGCUGGAAGAGAAGCUUGUGGAAGCAGAGAAAGAGAAACAAGCCUUUGAGGAGCAGAAGAAGAGAGCCCUAGCAUCACUGGAGGAGCAGAUGAACAGUCUGAGGAGAAGUUUAAGUAGUGCCCAGGCAGAUCACCAGGCGGCGCUACAGCGAGUGACAGUAGCUGAAGCCCAGCAGCAGCAGGCUGUACAAGACAACCAGGAACAAGCUAAGCGGGCAGCAGAAGCACAAGAUAAGUAUGAGCGGGAGAUGAUGUUGCAUGCAGCAGACGUGGAGGCCCUGCAGGCUGCUAAGGCUCAGGCCCUGCAGGCCGUCGAGCUCAGACACCAGCUGGAAGAGAAAGUCCAGAGGGUCAGCACUGAGCUACUGGAGGCCAGGGUCUCCUGGGAGGAGCAGGAAAAGAUCCUCAAGGAGGAGAUGUCAAAGAUGGAGAGUCGCCAUGAGGAGUUGCAGAGGCAGAACGCCCUCCUGCAUGAGCAGAUCCAGACGGUGAGCAGCAAGAUGGCUGACAAUUUGCAGCGUGCUGCCAGUGAAAGUGCCAUGAACAUCUCCCUGACUGAAGAGGGCAAAUCUCAAGACCAAGUCCUUGAGAUUCUCAGGUUUGUGCGGCGGGAGAAGGAGAUUGCAGAAUCUCGUUUUGAAGUUGCCCAAGGUGAGAGCUUGCGUUACCGUCUGAGAGUGGAGCACCUGGAACGAGAGCUGAAGGAGGUGCAGGACAGCUUGAGUGCUGCAAGGGAGAGGAUGCAGGUGACAGCAAAGACCCUGGCUCAGCACGAUGAGCUGAUGAAGAAGACAGAAACAAUGAGUAUCCUGAUGGAGACCAACAAGAUGCUGAGAGAGGAGAAGGAGAAGAUGGAGCAGGAAUUGCAGCAGACCCAAGCUAAGGUGCAAAAGCUGGAGUCAGACAUCAUGCCACUGCAGCAGGCUAACUCUGAGCUGAGCGAGAAGAGUGGCAUGCUGCAAGCAGAGAAGAAAAUACUGGAAGAGGAGAUCAAGCGCUGGAAGGCUCGGACACAGCAUUUGGUGAGUCAACAGAAGGAUUCAGAUCCAGAGGAAUACAAGCGUCUGCACUCUGAGAAGGAGACACAUCUAAAACGCAUCCAGCAGCUCACUGAGGAGAGUACCAGACUUAAAGCAGAAGUAACCAGGACCAAUAACUUAACAACAUCCCUGCAAAGCCAGAUACAGAACUUGCGUGACAAUAUGAGUAAGAUAACAGAUGAAAGAAACACACUGAAGAAAGACGUGGACACCAAGAACCAGGAAAUUCAGGAAAAGGUGCGAACUAUCACCCAAGUCAAGAAGAUUGGACGCCGCUACAAGACUCAAUAUGAUGAACUCAAGGUGGCACAUGACAAGAUGGUAGCUGAGGCAGCAGCAGGUCCUUCCCAAGAAGAGGAGGCCCGUCAGGCUUCAGUUCAGGAACUUCAGAGCCUGAAAGAUUCUCUGAGCCAGGCCGAAGCCAGGACCAAAGAGCUGGAGGGACAGCUGGAGAACAUAAAUAAGGUGGUUACAGAGCGUGAGACUGAAGCACGUAAUGUCCAAGAACAGUCCUCCAGGCUGCAGACAGAGCUGACCAGGCUGAGGCAGGAGUUACAGGAAAAGGCUUCCCAGGAGGACACACUGAGGCAGCAGAUGGCCGACAAGGAGGAGAGGACCAAAAAAGCCAUUGUUUAUGCCAAACAGAAGAUCAACCAGCUCAUGGGCACCAAAGACCAGCUGCAGAAAGAGAAUGAUGAGCUGAAGCAGCAGCGCGAGGAACUGGAGGUUCGCGUGAGUGCUCUCAAGUCUCAAUACGAAGGCCGCCUGAGUCGGCAGGAGAGAGAACUGAGAGAUCUGCGAGGUCAACAGGAGAGACAAGAGCAAAGAGAUGAGCCGCCUGAGGCAGGUCCUAGCAAGACCCAGGAGCAGCAGAGGAGCACAGAACAGAGACAGAUCAGUCUGAAGACAACUCCAGCAGCAGACAGGGGCAGUGCCAGCACCUCUGAACCACCAACUGCCAACAUUAAGCCAACGCCUGUAGUCGCUACAGCCAGUAAGCAGCCGGUCAACCCGGGGAACAAACCCACUCCAAGAGCAAGCAUCAGGCCCAUGAUCACCCCAGCUACUGUACCCACCCCAACGCCCACGGCUACAGUCAUGCCCACCACGCAGGUGGAGACCCAGGAAGCCAUGCAGUCUACUGAAGGCCCUCCAGUGGAGCAUGUGACCGUGUACGGUAGUGCCAGCGGUUCGGUGCGCUCUGCCAGCCCCAAUGUCCAGACCACGUUAGCUAGCCCCAUGUUGACUGUUCAGCAGACCCAGACGCAGGCCACGGCGUUUGUUCAGCCAACGCAGCAACAGAGCGUGACCCAUACAGAGCCGGCGAAUCAAGAGCCGCCACCUGUGGUCAUUGAGGCAACACCUAGUUCCCAGGUGGAAUGGCCUUCAACUUCUUCCACCUCCUCUGUGUUUGGCACUGUUUCAGCAACACCAGGAACCUCAAUGUCCAAGAGGCCGCGAGAGGAGGAGGAAAGCACCACCAUGGUCACCGACACGGAGGCUACCCAGGAGGACACCUCCAGGGCUCCUAUAUCCAAGAAGCUGCGCAUCAUCCAGAGAGUGGGUCCAGAGGAGGAGAUUCAAGCUGAGGACAGUGCUGAGGCUGAGGGGGUGGUGCCAACAGACAGUCAAGAUGCUGCGGAAACAAGCCAGACAGAGGAGUUUCCAACACUGGAGGAAGGAGAAGACAGUGCAGCCUCCCAGUCCAUGACAUUGGACCAAGAGGUGGCCCUGACACAAAGUGACACCCCUGACCAGCUGUCACAGGAAGUAAUCGUCAUAAUAACAGACACAGAGAGUGACGAGGACCAGGAAGAGGAGGACGAGGAGGAAGAAGAGCAGGACUAUGAUGAGGAGGAGGAGGAGGAAGAUGAAGAAGAGGAGGAGGAGGAAGAAGAGGAUGAGGAGGAAGACGAAGGAGGGAUGGGUGAGGAAGGAGAGGAAAGUAACGAGGGGAGCGGAGAAGGCAACGAGGCUUACGAAGAAGACGACACAGAGGGAGCUGAUGUAACAGAUCCGGGCACAGAGACAGAAGAGAGUUUGGGGGCGUCUGACUCCACCCAAAGGCCUGCAGAUUCCCAGACACCCAGCUUCGAGGGCGGCACGAUGGAGGCCUUCUCUACAGAACAACCCAUCACAAGCUCUGGUACACGCAUGCCCCAGUCACCACGGAGGCCAACGCAGCAGCUGCCCCCCCGCCUGAAUAUCCACCCCGCCCCAACAUCAGAACUGGGACCACCUGCUCAGCGGAUCCCUGUUCGUCGCCAGUCAGUGGGGAGAGUCCCUCAGCUCACUUCCGGGGUACCAGUUAGUGUUCAGCACUUCUUUGAUGAUGAUGACAGGAUGGUUCCCAGUACUCCCACUCUGGUGGUACCACACCGCGAUGGUUUUGACCAAGCCAUCCAUUCUCCCCAAGUGGCUGGUGUGCCUCGCUUCCGGUUUGGUCCUACAGAGGACAUGCCCCAGACCAGCUCCUCCUCGCACUCUGACCUGGGACAACUCGCAUCACAAGGAGGUCUUGGUAUGUAUGAAAGCCCCUUGUUCCUAGCAGCUCAUGAAGAAGAGUCUGGUGGACGCAGCGUUCCUACCACACCACUACAAGUUUCAGCGCCAGUAACAGUCUUCUCAGAGGCGGCUCAGUCUGACAACAAUGACCAUGCCUCCCAGUCGGUUCCCACGGUGAGCACAUCCACACCAGGCUUGGUGGUGCCAGGACCAGCCAGUACCGGGGAGGAGAGAGACGAUGUCUUCCUGGAGCCUGACACUGAUAGGCCUAGUGCUGAAGUGUCUGUGGAUCCAGUGGUCUCUCAGGGAGAUGUGGAGGAGCCAAGUCAGCCUUCUGACAAGGCCAGCCAACCCUCCACCAGCCAGGAGCCCUCCUCCAGCUCUGCAGAUACAAGCAGUGCUCCACCUAAACCCUCUAGACCCGGACCCAGCAGACAGCUGCAGCGCUGGCCAGAGAGCCGUGGGGGACGGAUGAAGCGAGGAGGUCAGGCAUUUCCUUCUCGAGGUGUACACGGGAGACGAUUUGCCAGAUGAAGCACUGAUCAGAAAACUAGGCAACCAUGACUGGAAAAACUUGUCAUGCCCAUUAUAAACACAUUAUACAUUUUCCAAUCAGAUUU